AUGGAAAAAUCUUCUUAUUUCAAGAUCCUUUCCAUUAUACUUUCUUCCUCAUGUUUCCUCAUAGCCAAUUUUAAAACCCUAAAACCCGAAAAACCUUGCAAACGAUUCGUUCUCUAUUACCACGACAUCCUCUUCAACGUUACAAAUACUGCGAAUGCGACCUCUGCAAAUGUUUCAAACCCUCCAAAUGUCAUAAGCGAUUUCAACUUUGGAAUGUUAGUUGUUUUCGACGAUCCAAUAACAGUAGAUCAGAAAUUGGUGUCAACGCCCGUGGCACGAGCUCAAGGGUUUUAUUUAUAUGAUAUGAAGACUACUUAUAAUGCAUGGUUUGCUUAUACAUUGGUGUUUAAUUCUAGUGAGUAUAAUGGUACGUUAAGUAUUAUGGGAGCAGAUAUUAUAGGGGAGAAAACUAGGGAUCUUUCUAUAGUUGGAGGGACAGGAGAUUUCUUCAUGGCUAGAGGUGUUGUUACGUUUAGUACUGAUGCUGUUGAAGGGUUGGGUUAUUUUCGUCUAAAAAUGGAUAUUAAGUUGUACGAAUGCUAA